CAUUUUCCCCCAUGGGUUCAUCCGACCUUAAGUUUAAUGACAUCAGAAUAUUGACCGUGUGCUGCACACACAGAUACACGCGCACACAGCGAACGCAGCAAAUUCAAUGAAACUUAGACUUUAACCGUUUACGCCGCCUGUGGAGAUUUCCUCUGUCUGUCAUUAUGUCGUCAAUACAUCUUUUCAAAACUGCGAACAACGGAGAUGCCAAACUGAGCAGCCGUCAUUGCUGUUGUUAGGAGGAGCUCUUAUUUUUUCGUGUACUUAUCCAAAGUGAAAGCAGCAGGUUGGACAUCCAGAUGGACCUUAUGGAUCAUGUGUUCUUUUGAAGAUGGUAAGGUCAGAGUCGCUUUGGACCAAUUCAAAGACACAAUCUUUGCUCUGUUGCUCGGGCCCAAUUUUAAGGUGAAGCAUCAAGAGAACAUUUGUACCAAGCUCAAAGAAAAAACAGGCAGGAUUGGAUGGAUGGAGCUCAAAAAGAAGAGGAUUUAAUACAACUGCGGUCCUGUGUAAAGUCCAAGACAAACACUCAGUCUUUAACACACAAAAAAUAUCAGUGGAGAGGCAGAUGUGGCCACAUGACUGGAGAUCAUGAGUGAGCUGUGACAAAUCCAUCGCCCCUGAGUGGAGAUCUGGAUGUCGGCACGUCCAACAGACGCUUCCUGAAAAAACAGAGCAGCUUCAUGCUUUUGCUCAAGUGAUUAUUGGAGGAAUUAGUCACAGUUCAUCAGCUGAGACAUCAUCUUAGGUCUGAAGUCCUGCUCGAACGCACUGAGCAUUAAUCAUUUGUUUUUCUCUUAAUCUUUUGUCAGAAAUAUGUAAAAGUUUCAGUCAAAACUUUCAUUCAGAAAAAAAAAAUCUUGUUUGGUUCUUGUCAAUAAAUUAAGUCUUUGGUUUUUACACACUUUGAGAGAGUCAUUCAGAAGCUGCAAACUUUUUUAACUUAAUCUUGAAAACCAAAGCUAAAACUUACAUCGAAGCAGUUUUAGAAAGUUGACAUGUAUCAUGCUACUUCAACUCAAAUGAAAGUUACACUAACAUUACAGCCACAUGCACAGCCCUCAAUGAUAUUUAACUUACUAUUUUCAUAAAUGUCAGACUUCUUUUUCCAUUUUUCAGCACAUUGCGGAUUAAGUUAGUCCAUAGAUCUGUUUGUUCUGAAAGGCAGUAAUGUCAGAUAAUGUCACAGAAUGAAAGCUGCUUGUUAUUCACAGUUUUAAUAACGGUGCAGAUAACCUCUGAUAUUUUAGGUUUUUUAUUAACUGACAAAGCGUGUGGUAUAUUCCAUCAGUAGUGGAUCAUAGUUGUUGACUCUAGCAUAACAAUACUUAUUUUUCUACAUAAGGAUUUAAUCUGGAAAGAACACAGUUUUGCCCAACAAUGAACACUUCCUCACUGAACCAGUCGGACUGCCCCGAGGUGAAGGUCCCCGUCCCGGUCUUCUUCACCAUCGGCGUGGUGAGCCUCGCCGAGAACUUCCUGGUUGUGGUGGCCGUCAUACGGACCAGAAACCUACACUCGCCCAUGUACUGCUUCAUAUGUAGCCUGGCAGCCUUCAACACCAUCGCCAGUCUCACCAAAACCUGGGAGAACCUGAUGAUCGUGUUUGCCGACGUGGGGCGGCUGGAGAAGAAGGGCUCUUCUGAGACCAAGCUGGAUGAUGUGAUGGACUCCCUGCUGUGCAUGUCGUUUGUGGGCUCUCUUUUCAGCUUCCUGGCCAUUGCCGUAGACCGUUACAUCACCAUAUUCCACGCACUCCGAUACCACAACAUCAUGACAAUGAGGCGCACCGGGGUUAUCUUGGGGGUCAUCUGGACGACGUGUGGGGUGCUGGCCGUGCUCAUGGUGAGGUUCUUCGCCUUCAACUUCAUCAUGAUCUGCUUCGUCGUCUUCUUCUUCGUCUCCUUGGCGAUCAUCUGCUUCCUCUACGUCUACAUGUUCAUGCUGGCGCGCAUCCACGCCAGAAAGAUCGCGGCUCUCCCCGUCGCCGGUGGGGGCAGGUGUCGUCACCACUGGAGGUGGGGCAGCAACAUGAGAGGGGCCCUGACUCUCACUAUCCUGUUCGGAACAUUCUUGGUGUGUUGGGCCCCGUUCUUCUUCCACCUCAUCAUCAUCAUGGUGUGCCCCAUGAACCCAUACUGUGAGUGUUAUCGAUCACUGUUCCAGCUGCAUGUGGUGCUGCUGAUGAGCCACGCCCUCAUCGACCCGGCCAUAUACGCCUUCCGCAGCGCCGAGCUCAGGCACACCUUCAGGAAGAUGCUGCUUUGUUCAGACUGGAUGUUGUGCUCAUAGAGAUGAUAUAUUUAACAAUCCAUCAAGUUGGAGUAACCUUGUUCUUUAGAAACAUUUAUUCCUAUUUAUAUAAAUCACAUUGUGACAAUCACGUCACGAGAAGAGGUAAAAAAAUAUAUUUUAUCCCAAAUUUAUGGGCAACAGUGUAUUUAUUUUUUAUAUCAUUAUUUAUUCACUGAGAGAACGCAAGUCCAUCUUUACCUGAAGACGUCUUUAGAUCCUUUGGGUUCGUCUAUAUUCACACACAUAUCUGUGCUGUCACUGAGGCCCCAUUCAGAGCUUUAACAUUCAUCCUAUUGCCUCCAAUUACUGACCUGGUAUUAGCUGUUACAGCAGAGGUUUAUGCCUCUGCGGGACUAGAUGCCAUAACCUAUGCACAUAGCGUGUGCUACGUCUGGCUAACUACGUAACAAUGAAACGCUAGUUGCCGCUGUGUCUUUUUUGACAGCUGGGGUUCAUUUCUGUUUCUGCAUCCGGCUGCAUUUUCAACAAUGGAGACAGAAAUUUUCACCGAAGUCAUACACACGUUUCUAUCUCUCUAACCUCCUCCUUGAACUUUUCCUCGUUGUGUUCCCGCUUUAAUGAUCCAAAGCAAUCUUUCUGAAAACUGCAGGGAUGGAGAAGAAGUAAUACUUAUGUAUAAAUGCGCUACUACCAAGAAGACCAGUAACAUCUCUUGGGGACUUUUUUGGGGAGGUGCAUGUCAGGCUAUGGCACCAAAUUGACGGAGCAGCAGAAAACGCCUGUUAAGGUUUAUUAUCUUCAUGGUUGAAUGAAAACACAUCUCUGUGUGUUCCUCUGUAUAUAUUUUGUCCUCGUUAAGUAACUAGCAUGUGUCCAUCCGAGGAUAUGCACGUGUCAUCCUAUUGAUUCCACUUUACCAAGUGUCUCUAGUAGUCUCUAGAAAACCUCUUCAAAACUCUGACAUAUAUGACAUAUAUCAUGGUACUUAAUAUUGAUUAUUCUUUUAAAAGGCGACCUGAAAGUAACUCUACCAUUAUAUCAACAUCCCUCAAUAAUAUUUAACUUGCCAUUUUCAUAAAUGUCAGAGACUUUUUCUGCACAAUGUGGAUUGAUUUAGUCCAUAGAGCUGUUUGUUCUGAGAAGCAGUAAUGCCAGAUUAUGUCAUUGAAGUAAGCUGCUUAUUAUUUUAUUAUUAUUAUUUAUACUAUAUUAAUAACAGUGCAGAUAACCUGUGAUAUUUUGGGCGAUAGAUGAAACUGUUUUACUAGUCAGUUUUAAUUCUACAGGUCCCUAAUUAAUUUUUUGAAAUGUUAAAUGUUUUUUAUUAACUGACAAA